GUUCUUAUCGUCGCGCCAACAGGUGCGCUCUUGGUACUCUUGUGUCUUUCGGUUACUCUGGUACAUUUCGCGACUACCCAAACAAGGACAGUGUUGUGUUUUGUGUAUGGUAAUUAAUGUCGACCUGGAAAUCGAAUAUUCUGGGAAUAUAAGCAGAAACACCCAUAAAAGAUACUGCACGAGCCUUCAACGCCUACCUCUAGCCUUAACCUGUAUAAGUCACUGCCAACUAUUCCGCCCUAUUACUUGCUUAAUGUCGCAAUGCUAGACAAGAUUCACUCUAGACUUGAGAAAGCUCAAACACACACGGAAGAUAAGAACUACUGGGUAAGCACGUGACAGUAUCUGCAGAUCCAGGACAAUAUGAGCCAGUCCGCGGAUGAGGCCCGAGCGGCCAGAAUACAGAAAUAUAAAGAAGAGCGAAGAAAACAGUUAACAGCAAGGACGGCUACUUUGUUCUCCGCUAAUGUGACUGAGAGGCGUCCCAAAAAACCAGCUAACCGGUCUCCAUUAGAAGAUACAGCUACAAAUCUAAAGUCUUCUUCCGAAUUAAAUCUCAAUACAGCCUCUACGUCUGUGCCAAUCAGAACUACAAGAACGUCACGCCUACGAGCCGCCGCCGCUACCAGUUCUGACUCUUGCCAAUCGCCAAAAAAAUCAAUAAGAAGCUCUUCUGUGCUAUCUCUAUUAGAAGAAGAAAAAAAUAGAACGUCUAAAAAUGCCAAAAUAGUAGAUAGAGAUAAAACGCGACUAAAUACCAGUAGACGACAGAGCCAUGAAAAAGAAAAUUUGAAAAGCCCGUCAACUACGAGCUUCACAGAUAAAGAAAAUGGUGCUAUUAGAUCGAAAUUAAAACAUUCCACUAAUAAAAAUAUUUUAGAAAAAGACAAAAGUAAUUGUUUAGUCACUAGUCCUAAAGGAAAAAUUGUUGACGAAAAAAGUUGUUUAAAUUUAGACGAAAGAAAAAAUAGAAUAUCUUUGACUGAUGAAUCUAAAAUAGUUUGUAUAAAUGACGACGAAAAGAGCGCUAAUGUUGAUGACAUUUUGAAUGAUAUUCUAGAUGAUAAAAACCUAUCGAACAAUUCUGAAAAGGAUAAAUUUGAAGAUUUGUAUAAUGACUUAGUUGAUGAGAAUAAGAAAUGUGAAAUUAUCGUUAACGAUGGUUUUGUGGAUGACGAUACGCCGCCACAGGAUACCGAGCUCAAAAAUAGUUACAAUAAUUCAUACAUUCCAAUUAAAAAAACAAUAGAUCUUAAUAAAACUGAGGAUACGGUGAAAAUGGAAAAAGGUGUUGUGCCAAAAGUUGUGAAGUCUGAUAUGGGGUUGUUAGGUGCUGUGUGUGUUCGAAAAGUAGAAAGAUUCAGUGAAUUGCUCAGUAAUCUUUGUUCUCCUUGCGAAGCCGAUAUUUUGUUCGAAGAUAUUCUCGUUGAAAAUGGGAUAGAUGGUGAUAAUAGUUCGCGUGUAAAGGCACCAGAGUGUACUCCGCCAUGCCGCCGCGCUCAGCCUCGAAUCACAAGUACGCCGAAACGUUCCACAGAUGUGCGUGCGCAGCCAACGAUCGACGCAGACGGAACUGCCCCAAAGACCAAAAACCGUCGAUCUCAAGAAGUACCACAUCUAAAAAACGAAACUUCACAACAGUCUUCCAAAAUAUCGCCUAAAAAUAAUAAUUUACAGUUUGGUUUCAAAUCAGCCUCAAAUAAAUCCCCUACAACGAAAGCCUCAGAAAAGCGACGGAGCGUUGAAAUUGGCGUCAAACCUAGUUGUAUACCUCUGUCCAAAAAAACAUUUGAACGAACCGGAAACCAUAGUUCAACGUCGCCUAUUAAGCAGGAACCAAUAAAAGAAACAACAUCGAAAGUGGAUAAUAAAAAAACGAAGUUGGAGUCCCCUAGAGGAAGAUCUUUACGCCGAAGUCCCGAAAAAGCGAAAAGUGAUCCAGAAAGUUUACGUAAAGAUAAAGUGUUUCGAGCUCAAAAAGGUAGCGAAAGUCUUAAUGAAAAAUAUCAUAAUUCUAAGAAAAGACUGACUAGUUUAGAUAAUUCUCCAAAAGGUGGGAGUGAUACUACAAAUAUACCUAGUAAAAUUAUAUUGAAUGAUAACUUGAAUACGAAUUCGAUAGUGGAUCCUAAUGUCGGUGAGUUAGAUAAUUUAAAAAAUAACGAAAAUAUGUCUACUCUUCAUCAAACUGUUACACAUGCAAAUUCUCGACUUUCUCAAGAAAUGGACAGCUUAGCUGCUUUGACGAAACAAACUUUAGAUAGGGUUAGCAAAUUAUCUAACAACUUAACUAGUAAUAAGCUACAUGUAACUAUACCAGAUGCUCCUCGUUAUGAUUCUUUAUAUGCAUCGACGUCAGAACAACAAAAUAAUGAUCAUACAUAUAACUAUGGCUUAAUAAACGAACGUCCUGCUAUACAUAGAGGUGUUUCUGAGAGGUUAAAAGAUAUAGACACGGCAGCUCAGAGACUGAUCGAUUUUGAAAAACAAAGUGCAAUGUUUUCUGAUCUCAAUGAUUCCUCUAGUCAAAAUCGCCGUCUUGAUAAUACAUCGUCGUCUCAUCACACGCCUGUGUCAAUAUUGAAAAGAAAAUCAAUCCACGAAGAAGGCAAUAUUACAAAUCCACCCAAUAAUACAAUAACUUCUCCUCCUGUUACUUUUUCACCGAGUGUGAUGGAAUCACGCAAUUGUCGCUCAGAAAAUAGGCAACGCCAAGGUAUUUUAAAAAAGCGACGUAGUUUGGAUGAGUCACAAGUCGCAAGAAGAAGAUCUUGUAGUCCAGAAGUGUCAUUUGCUGAUGAUGGUUCAUCUGAUACAUGUAAGCCAAUAUUAAAAAAUAGAAGGUCAUCGUUAGAGGACGUUGUACGAAACCGUUCACCGGAUGGUCACAUACAAGGUAUCUUAAAAAGGAAAAUGAGUCGAGAGGAAGAUCAUUUAAAUGAAAAUGAUGUCUCUCAUGGUUCUCCGGAACCCCACGGAAUUUUAAAACGAAAAUCUAAUUCAAGUUCGAGUAGCAGUACUACGUCAUCUCAUGUAUCUAUAGCACAAGCGGUGCUGCUGGCAGCUGCAGGUGGUGCUGAGAUAGUGGAAGAAGAUAAAGAAGCGGUCAGACCUAUAUUAAAGAAAAAAAGUUUUUCAGAAGAAAGGCCAUCGCCUGAUAUUUUGUGUUCAGAUACACCAAAACCUAUAUUAAAGAAAAAAAUAACAGAACAUGAUGAUCACGAUUUCGACCUACCAAAAAAGCCAAUUCUUAAGUCUUCGAAAAAAUUGUCAGGUGAUGAGGGACAUGCUUCUAGUUUUGAUUUGAGCGAAGACGACCGAAGUUCGCGAAGACCGUCACUACUUAGAUCACGAACUUCAGAUCAUUCUGGUUCAGAAUGCGAGGCGCUGGUUAAGCCAAUUUUAAAACAGAGAGGCUCGAGCCUCACUAGGGAACGCAGCCAAUCGCCGCGCCCACGGCUUUCAUUUUGUGCAGACAACGAUGCGAAUAUUAGUGGGACGAAUUUUAGUAGCGAUGCGAACGACUUGUUGGCGGCCGGACCGCGACGAGUCAUAAAUCUCGCGACUGACCCGGAAGAAAAUUAUCCAAGUGCAGUGAUCCGACGGAGAAAUUUGCGACCUAAAGCAAACCCGCGGUCCAUGAGCUUGGUGUGUGACGUGAAUGAUGAACUACUCUCGAUUUUAAAUAAUCGCCGAUUGAAAGUAGACGAAACCUGUGAGAACGGUUAUUGUGAUACUUGGGAACGGGACAGACACACAAACGAUAAUAAUUCUAAAACAUUUCCAUCGAUUGCGUCUCGAAUAAAGAGCAUGGAGCAAGCUCUUACCAAAGACAACUUCCUUAAAGAUCAACCUUCAACAUCUAAAGUGAAAAAUCGUGAUAAAGAACGCCAUAAAACUCAACCUGUCACCAUCGACGAAAUGAGAUCUAUCACUACGAGUUUGGAGCCGGGCCAAGCGAAUUUCCAAGCGUUCGGCAUCGCCGGCUGUAGUUUUCCGACCCGUUCCGUCGAGUCCAGUGCUGUUCUCUCGGCAAAGGGUCCCUACGUGGAGGAACCCGAGCGAGAUCCAUUUGCGGACCUUGACUCGCGACCGUUCGAUUCCAAAUUGUUCAACACAAAUCUAUCAGCUGGAAACGGCCUAUUGAAAAAUGUUGAAGCCAAGAACGAUAGCUUUGGCGAGGCUACUUUUCUAGAUUUCGAAAAGAUCUGUGCUGAUAGCGAAGCAAAACAAUCUACUUUGGAUGAAAUCGAACGAGAAGUAAACAAAGUCUGCGUCGCUCUGGACGAGGACAGUCGAAUUUUGGAUGAAGACGAAAGUAACCAAGCCGAAGCGGACAACUGGAGCUUGAACGUGUCCUGUGAUAGCGGAGUUUACAAUCGCGCCUCAUCCCGCGAUUCCGGGCCGCAUUCUGGAAGUCUACGGAGAUCGAAGCUCUUAGGAGCCCGGAAGAACAUCAAAGUGACGAUGACAACAAUGACCACUCCGGCUUCGCGCGGCUUAGUGAAGAGUAACAGCGUUGUUGCAAGAGCCAGUAUGUGGCAACAAUUACAACAACAAGCUAAAGGAACUCCAAAACCGCUGCUCCGUCAUAGCCGCUCAAAGCUAAAGGAAGGGCCAUCGGUUACCGAGCGAUUCAAAACACAACCUGACCCAGUUGAGUCGAGUCCGGAUACUACAAGUCCUUCUAACGAAGGGUUUUCCCUCGCUCCAUCCAAAAGCACUACUAACGUCUUAGAUAGAGACGAAGAUGCUAAAUUAGAUGAGGACGAUCCAGCGAAGAUGUCUUUAGCGGAGAAAAUGAAGAUGUUUAAUGCUAAACUAACGCACAAACCUCCGGUUGCCGGUUUACCAAGACCUAAAGAAGAUAGGGUGCCUAGAGCGUCUAGACUCAGAACUAUGCCGGUACUCGCCAGUCAAGUCCAAGAGGCGAUGGAACAAAACGAAAGAUUGACCAAGUCUUUGACCCACGAAGAUGUACCACGUAAUCCAGAUUUUCAACUUAAAAUGGAACUGUUCCGAUCGGCGAGCGCGAAAAAUACGUCUUUAGAAUAUCUCAUGAGGCAGGACGCAAAAUUUAGAAGCUUAGAUCUCGACGAUGAUUCGCCUACCGAAAGGGCUCAAAGAAUGAUAACGCCCGAGGUUAGAGGUAUUCUGAAGUCGGGGUCGACUGUGGUACCGACGAAAACUAAGACUUUGACUAAAGGGGAAAGUUCAGAGGGUCUGAAGGACGAGGGUAUCGACAGUUCUUCAGAAGACGAAUCGGCUUCCGCUUCCAGCGUCUCAUCAUCAGAGAAAAGCUGUUCAUCUUCAGACAGUUCCGAUGAACUACCAGGUCCGAAGCCUCGACGGUUCCAGCGUAAGAACAAUAAACUGAAAUCAUCUAGAACUGACUCUGAUCUAACGAGAGUACUGCGAGAUCCAUACCCUCGUAAGAUUCAGCUACCAGGAGCGAAUGAAUUAAAGGAGCGCAUUAAUCAAGCAAAAAAUCCAGACGUGAAAAUACCAAUGUUGGGUAAAUUGGGUAGAAAACCUUCAGAGGAAGCAAAGAAUGAAGAUGACAAGUCAAAAUACAGGAGGUUUGUCAAGAAACUCGACGAGCCAUUGCAGCUUGGAAAGUUACGACGACCGAUGGAGAAAGUUUCUUCGAUGGAGGAGAAACCGCCAAUUCUCAAGAUAUCUGCAUUAAAUCAAGCAGCGAAGAACAAGUUCUUCGGUUUGGAAACGGAUAAGAAGGACAAAAAUAUCGAUGACUUAACGGCGGCCGUACGAAAAUAUAUACCAGCGGCGGGCGGGCCGGGGCCGCGGCUCGCGCUGGAGGCGGGCGCGUCGGGCAGCGACGGGGAGUCCAGCGGCGGCCGCGAGGUGCGGCGCAUCAACGCGCGCCGGCACCGGAAAUUAGUUGUUGGUGUGGCUAACAUAGUCUUAGUUAACUAUUGCACAUAUGACACUGACUUAGCUCUGAAAUAG